CUUAUCACUGUGCUGAUGGUGCCCACCCCCUGUAAGAAAACUGACACAGAGACGACUUUAUACAACAUUUCAAGUGAAAGUUACAAGGUGAAGACGAAGCCCUGAGCUGAGGAGUAAUUAGCAUUUAAGGACCUCAAGGACUUUCAAGAUGGCCCUGAGUGUAUCAGACAGAGCCAUCGGGGCCAUUAUCGGGGCAGCAGUGGCAGAUGCAGCAGCUCAGCCCAUGCACUGGAUCUACAACCCCGACAGGCUCAAAGAGGUUCUCUCUGAGCUGGAGCCAUGUCCAGAGUUCAGGCCUCAGUCCGCGAAUCCUUUCUACCGCAGGACGACGGGCGAGCAGACCUGCUACGGAGACCAGGCCUACGUCCUGCUGGAGUCACUUAGUCAGUGUGGAGAUGUGAAUGUGGACGACUUAUCCAAACGCUUCUACACGUUCUUUGGCCCAGGAACAGUGUACGACCUGCCUCUCAAUGAUCCGUACAGGCAGAAAGGAGGGCCCAAAGCUGUCCUCCCCAUCGAUGGUCCGUGGAGAAACGGCAGCCUGAAAGCUUUCAUCAGAAAUGUGGACGCUGGCAAAGAGGAAACUGGAAGUGAAGUGGACUGUCAGAUGGACGGCGUCACUAAGUUGGCUCCGCUUGUGGCCAUGUUCGCUGGACAGCCAGAGAUGCUGGAGAAAGUGGAAAAAGCCGUACGGGUCACACAGAACAAUGACAUGUGUGUGGCUGUGACUCUGGCUGCAGCCAGGUUUCUGGAGCAAUUCAUUUUGAAUGGUCCAGAUCCAAACGCUCUGGAUGCAGUUCUGGCUCAGCUGAAUGACCCGAAGAGGCAGAACCCUCAGGACCUGGACCGGGCUGUUAUUGCACAUAUCCACCAGGUGAAGGAGAACCUAGCCAAGACGUCCCAGCAGCUCAUACCUGCUGUGUACACAAACACAUGAGCUUUGCCCGGUGCGUUCCAGGGAGCGCUUCAUGGAGUCCUGACACUGAACCAGCUGGAUGAAGCCGUCAGAGACACCAUGCGCUGCGGGGGAUGCACCGCCAGCCGAGCCUCCUUCAUAGGAGCCUGCUUUGGGGCGCAGACCGGUCUCCAGGGAAUCCCAGAGUCGUGGAGGGAGAGGACGUUCAGAUAUCCUCUGCUGCUGGAGUUAGCCCAAAACCUGGUCAAAAACAAGGAGCAACAGUAGUUUAGCUUUGACUCAGAGCCUAUCAAGUAUUUAUAGUGUGGAUGACUGCCAUUCUUUCUCAUACUGCAGAUGUACAGUACUUUGACAGGACAGUCCAUGACGGUGGCAUUUUAAAGUCUUGUACUGAAUGAAACUCGAAUCUAUUUGCUCUGUCAAAGCUGCAUCAUGUUAGAGAGGGAAAGUCUGUGCAAAGUAUUAUAUUAAACACAUUUAUCCUCUACAGCUGCAUUAUAGGCAAAUAAAGAACUGUUAUGUCCCCAG